AUGGCCAGACGGCCCCAACCCCAGCAGCGCCGCGUCAUGUCUUCGAUCGCCAUGAUCUCGAGCUCUCAGCAACUGCCCCGGCUACGCGGCACGAACAGGAUCCUCACCGAAUUUAACGACGCUGGCCGGCCCAGUCCAGAUUCCCGGAAGAAUCUGACGCGGAUGUCGACAUUCGCGUACCAUACACACAAGCUGCGCUUGAUGCUCAAGUUAGAUGCGCCUGACUCAAAGGACGAGGAGCAUGUUAGCCCUGUCGAGGCUCAUGGAGAUUCUAAAGAUGACCAUGGCUCUAUCAUCCAUUCAGUGCGGGACUCAGAAAUAGAUGAUAUGUCCAUUUAUCUUGAGUCGCAGCCGGAAAUCGUUAAGAGAGAAAGCGCGACAUUGUUGGAACUAUUUUUCGAUCUCUGGUUUGUGGCCACGCUCAAUAUCUUCGCAUCGACCCACGAAAUCACGGAGAUGAAAGACCUAGCUUCGUAUAUUGAAUUCGAAUUUCUCCUGUGGACGACUUGGUUUCUAGUGGUCAUCUAUGACGUGAGGUUCCUCUCGGACAGCUGGACAGAACGGAUUGUUUUGGCCCUUCACCUUGCGGCAAUGAUAUCUUUCACUGAGGUCGCCCCGUUCUUCAACGCUUUGCACAAGAUGACGGGUGUUUCAAAAGCUUUGGCCGCGACACUGAUGCUCUCGAGAUUGGUCCUCUUCGCACAGAAUGGCAUCAUUCUGUGGCAUCUACGACAUUACAAGAAAGCACGACUGCCAAUGAUCAUAACAGUGUCGAUUCCUCUCGUCGCGGCCAUUUGCUAUGCUGGAAUACUGGCAGCUGCCAGUGCUUCAGACAAGUACAUGACACACGAUAUACUCUUCGUCAUAUCCAUAUUAGAGAUUGUGGGCAACUUAGCCAUAUCUACGGUCCGCAACUACAAGGUCGUCAGCUUCGAAGGGUCGCAUUUGGCGGAACGGCUCAACCUCCUAACGCUCAUUAUCCUCGGCGAAGCCACGUCCAUGUGGGCUGUCUUCGUAUCCGGAUUCGUGGCUAUUUACCUGAUUUUCCAGAUCUAUUUCGACUGGAUGCAUCCUAAUCACAUGGCUUGCCGCCGCCAGCUACUCUGGGCAAUGCUUCACGCGCCGUUCCACUUUGCCCUCCUUAUAGUAAUGGUUGCCGUGAACAAAUUCAUAAUCAACUGGAAGCUCUUAGAAAUCAACAGUCAGGUUACUGACGCCAUAUACGCCGUCGUGCGGUCUUUCUUGCCUGACGUACCUACCAGUGUCGAUGUCGCUAGUCGUCUAAACUCCACUGUCACAGGCUACCUCGAGGCUUUCCCCGCCACUAAGAAUCAGGCAGUGAUCUUGUCUAAGGUUAUGGCGAUGCUUAAUGAUAUCUCACUACUCCCAGAUGAGCUGUGGGGCCAGAUCCUGCGGAACGGUGGCACGCCUGUCAACAGAAAUGGACUACCAGGCGGGAACAUAACACUUACGGAACACUGGCUCAUUGACAGGGAGGACCUCUUAUGUUCUGUCAUGAACUCAGUACUGAGCAAUUUCGGAAUGGACGGCAUCAAGCGCGACCGCAUGUCCACUAUGCCUGUUGCAAGCUACAUCUCGAAGAAAUUCAAUCUUGUGUUCAUUUACGCCUUCCUGUCAGCUGGUGUCAUGCUCAUGCUUCUCACUAUUCUUCAUGGUGUCUCGAAGAGGCAGGGAUGGACUGUAUUCAACAUCAUGCGUUCGGUUACAAUAGGACUGAUGGGAAUUGGACUCUGUCUUGUCACGCUGCUCGCCAAGGGCAAGACAAACAAAUUGGCGGAGACUCCUUGGCCUCUUCCUCUUAUCCCAUUACCGUUGAGCGGAUACGCGGUGCUGCUGGGUUUCAUGGCAGGCACACUUAACAUUGCACCGCAUCACUACUGA